AUGCAUUUCAAGUCUUUUUUAUAUGCCGCCGCUGCAAUCCCUCUGAGCAUUGCUGCCCCCACAAGCGAUGGCCCAACAAAGAGAGCAGAUACUACAUUCGACUAUGUAGUUGUUGGCGGUGGAACUGCAGGGUUGACAAUAGCCUCACGGUUAUCCGAAGAUCCAGGGACCACAGUAGCAGUAAUCGAAGCCGGAACUUUCUACCAGAUCACCAAUCCCGCACUCAGCUCAACUCCAGCUGGAGACUCCUUCUGGGCGGGCUCUAGUCCAGCGGAUACCAAUCCGCUUGUAGAUUGGAAAUUCGUGACGACACCCCAAGCUGGUGCAGCGGGUCGCUCGAUUUCAUAUGCCCGAGGAAAAUGUCUCGGUGGAAGUUCAGCGAGGAACUUCAUGAUAUAUCAGCGUGGUACCACGCAGUCGUAUCAGAAAUGGGCUGAUGCGGUGGAUGAUCAAUCGUAUACUUUUGAUGGGCUAUUUCCUUUCUUUCAGAAAAGUGUUCGGUUCACUCCUCCGGGAUCGAGUCGGGCAUCUAAUGCAUCUGCAGAAUAUAGCGCUUCUGCAUAUUCGUCUUCGGGAGGGCCGCUGGAGGUUUCGUAUGCUAAUUAUGCACAACCUUUUUCGAGCUACAUGGAGGGUUCCCUAGGCGAAAUCGGAAUAAAUGAUAUUCAAGAUUUCAACACUGGUUCCCUCAUGGGCAAACAGUAUUGCAGUUCUACUAUUGAUCCUUCCAGCCAAAAACGAGAGUCAUCUCAAACAGCCUACUAUGACUCCACAGUGCAGAAACGCUCAAAUCUCAAAGUCUAUUCACUCACCACUGCGCAAAAGGUUCUCUUCGAUAACGACAAGAAAGCCACCGGUGUCAGCGUCACAUCACUCGGUAUCAUCCCGUACACAAUCAAUGCCCGGAAAGAAGUCAUCAUGUCAGCCGGUGCCUUUCAAAGCCCUCAACUUCUCAUGCUCUCGGGAAUCGGCCCCAAAGAUACACUAGCCAAAUGGAACAUCCCAGCGAUUUCCAUCCUUGAGGGCGUGGGCCAAAAUAUGUGGGAUCACGUUUUCUUCGGUCCUACGUAUCGUGUCAAAGUGCAAACAUUGACCAGACUUGCCAACGAUCUCAUCUACACCGCCGCACAAUUCAUAGGACCCUAUUUAAUCCAGAAAAUCGGCCCCCUAACCAACCCCAUCUGCGACUACCUCGGCUGGGAAAAACUCCCCAGUUCCCUCCGCAACACUUUCUCCUCCUCCACCCUCAACGAUCUCGCUCAAUUCCCACCCGACUGGCCCGAAAUCGAAUACCUCUCCGGCGCCGGCUACGUCGGCGACUUCGCCAGCCUCCCCACCACCCAACCCCGCGACGGCUACCAAUACGCCACCAUCCUCAGCGCCCUCGUGGCGCCCCUCUCCCGCGGAACCGUCACCCUCGCCUCUACCUCCGCCUCCGACCUCCCCAUCAUCAACCCCUCCUGGCUCACCUCUCCCACCGACCAAGCCGUCGCAGUCGCAGCCUACAAACGCACGCGCGCCGCCUUCUCCUCUAAAUUCAUGGCCCCCGUGCUCAUCGGACAGGAGUAUUUCCCCGGCCCCUCCGUCUCCAGCGAUGCGCAGAUCCUCGAGACGAUUCAGAAAACGCUGCAUACGGUAUGGCACGCCGCGUGUACGUGUAAAAUGGGGGUUCAGAGCGAUCCCAUGGCGGUGGUGGAUAGUAAAGCGAGGGUUUUCGGCACGCAGGGCUUGAGGGUUGUGGAUGCGAGCGCGUUUGCGAUUUUGCCGCCCGGUCAUCCGCAGAGUACGGUGUAUGCGCUUGCGGAGAAGAUUGCGGCGGGGAUUAGGAAUGGAGAUUAG